AUGGCCAAUCCCGCCUGUGGUAAGAACGAUCUCUCGGCCGCUCAGCCACCCCUCGACGAAGCCUCUCGCGAGGAAAUCGAGAAUUGGGGCUACGAGUGGCUGACGGCUGUGGAGAACCGUCGUCGCCUCGAUUCGUGGGAUCAGCAAUCCGACAUUCUGCUCAUCCUGCCGCCAGCCGACACUCAGAACAUCGCUGACUACGACAUGGCGGCUCUCGCCAUUCUCCGCGGGACCCUUGAGUAUUGGUACCAUUACUACCAAACUCAAGCGACCCAGGACCACCUUGCCCUGGUGCAGACCAUUGAAAUGGCCGCCAAUUCCGAUGACGCUCGGAACCCAUUGCCCAACAGGGCACACGACGAUGGUGAUAUCAAUCCCGAUACAUCAUCGACAAACCAUCGUCUGCGUUCCACCUCGGCUCCAACUCGGCCACUCCCCGUGGGGCAUUCGUUCACUGCGCGCGUCGCUGGUGUGGGACCCUCGCGGCUCCCAAGCACUUCUCUUCGAGCCCCAAAACACGGCAACAACGGCGCGUCGGGCUCCAACUCGCGGGGCCAUUCGCAAACCCAAGGCGAAAAGACCCCGCGCGGCCAAACCCUACGCCCGUCGCCAAAGUGCUCGAACAGAAGUGUAUACAUCAGAGCACCCCCGGAGAGAGGGUUCGAGCCGUGCCUUUGCGGGCGGUGCCUCCAAAAGUCCCGGAGCGUCCACGUCGGACCCAUGGACCUGGGCAGUGCCUCAUCCAACGACGCCCAGGUUGCGGUGACCGACGCUCUUUCCAAGUACGGUCAUGUGGAGCAUUGUCGGGUGCAGCGAUCCGCCAAAGGCACUUAUUACGCCUUGGGUCGCUUUAUCGCCGACGACAGCGCGCACCGGGCCGUCCGGGCUUCGGCUGAACUGGCCCGUAGCCACCCAAUACUCCAUCGCGCCAGGGUGACAUAUCCUUUCUUUUCUCGGUACUAUCAGUAUAGGGUGCACUCUACCCAGGAAACAGAAAGGAGCCGCCAGCUGGCUGCUCAAGCGAACCCGCCUCUUGGGGUUGAUGGAAAUCUCCCCACGGGAAGGCGGGGAAGCACACAAAGCCAGAGCACGAUGCAGUUUGAGGACUACUCGGGCUCGGCUUUUCAUGCCCAUGGAGCUUGGGACGGAUUUUAUCCCCAGGGAUACCCUCCCUUUCAGCAAGGAGACCCAUUCGUGCAACAAUACACGAUGCCGUAUCCGUUUGUGAAUUAUAAUGCGGAGGCAGAUGUCUCAACUCAGCUUGAGGACCGAAGAGGAAACGCAUAUUCCCAGACAAAACCGCCUUCGGAGAAUGAAGCCUUCGAGGACCUCACGACAACCAUCCCGAGUUCAAACCAUUCGUUCCAUUCCUCCCACAGCUCGGCUGCGAGCACCGGCCUCACUGCUGCCAUCCGGGUGCGCAUCCCGGAUCCCGCACCCAUCCGCCGCACAACCGCGUUAGGUCCGACAGCCCUGUUCGCCGGGAUUGCCUUCGGCGACGUGCCAUCAGACCCAGAGCCACAGGAGCCGUCUGCCACCAUCCCGGACCAUAACGGCGUCAGGCCUGACAGCCCUGUCCGGAGUGUGAUUUCCAGCGACCUCAGUACCUCGAACUCCCGUGCUUCGGGAUCCAUCGAACCCACGAGACACACGCAGGCACCCGCUGCUACACGUCCGGUGGUUGAGGGCAACCGCAUCCCCACGUUGUCCGACGAAUGGGACCCAUCAUUUUUCCAGCAACUCGAGGAGGCCGACUACCUUAGGUUGCGAUACAACAAAGGCGAGAACGGCCGGCUCCGCGACCAAGGCGACGUGCGGCUGCUGCCCGACUUUUCCGGGACGGUGAUCCGCCGGCGCCCAGGACAAAAGAACGUGCGCGUAUUGCCAUGGAUUUCUCCUUCCACUCGGGCCACCCCCCGUUCCACGUGGGGCGGCGGCGGCGGCGGAGAGGUUUGUGCCGCUCCUAGCGAGCAUCAGGUCGCGGAUUUGUCCGACGGGGUGGCGAGUACAUCGGGUGAGAAGGGGACGGCUGGGUGGAAGGUCGCGGCGAAGAAAAAAUCAAAGGGGAAGAAGAAGGGUGGCAAGGUCGCGGUUGCGGAUGGGAAUGGUGCGGCUGCUGAAUCGAAAACCGAUGAGGUCAAGAAGGGUUCAGCCGGCGAUAUGAAGACCGACAGCACCGCCGAGGUGCAGCACGAUGCCAGCGUGGAGAAGGGCGCCGACACAAUGGUCGCCAACAAGAAUCAACCAGUCGACCAGCAGCCCGACAACAAAACCAUUAGGAACGACCCCCGUCCACUCAACUACCGCGCCGACGCAGGCGGUUCGCUGCGAAUCCCGCGCCAACGAUUCAAAAAGAAGACAUCUCGCGGCAGCGUGCAGGAUCUUUUCAAGGACCAUGACCAGGCCACACAGGAAUAG